ACAGUUGAUUUUUUUUUUUAUUCACAGGAAAGAGAAAAAAAAAACAGCUGUUGUUGAAAAAGAAAACAUCAAAGUGAGUUUCGUUAACGGGUUGUCUCGCCUUUAUGUUUCCGCAACCGUGAGUGCGGCGAGGACCGCUCUCCCCUCUCGGUGUGUCCGCCGCCCGCUUCACGCCGACUUCACCAGCGGGUCCCGUUCCGCUCAUUUGUUGCCACUUGGCUGCUGCUAGCUUUAGCUCCCAUCACCCAUCCCGACCACUCGCUAGCGGGCUAACCGUCCGUUUCUGACUGUCUGCACAACUCCCGGAGACGAGGAUCUCCGUCGGUGAGAUACUGAAUGUAGAUGGCGAAUACGAUGCCAGCCCCAAAGAGAGGAUCAUCUCCUCAUGAUUCCCAGCCCAAGAUGAGGAAGUUGGAUGAUGAUGGGGAGGAUCUGCCUUCCAAAACUGCACCAGCUUCCAAUAAUAGGUCCCUUAAAACAGGAAAUACACGAGAAAAUACAGCAGCCCCAUGGACUAAGAAACAACUGUGUACUUCUGCGGAAGGGGGGAAUACACCCGCCAAGUCAUCCCAACAGAGUUCCCCUCCAAAGGAUUCCAGCAAAACCAUUUCUGACCCGCCCGUCAAAAAAGCCAAGCUACUGAUAGCCACAAGUGCCUCCUGCGGAGAAGCUCCCUCACAGAAAGCUAACUCCAAAGCUUCCCUGAAGCGGACAGCCUCCACAGAGUCUGAGGAUGAUUUGAGUAGUGACAGUAGUAAGACUGAGCUCUUCAGAGAGAGGGAUGAUGACGACAAGUCCCGCUGCAUCCGAAAGUAUUCUAAUCGGGUCAAAGCUAAGCGCAAGUUUGAAGAGUCAGUGUCCGACACACAGGAGACAAGCAGCGGGUCGCCAUCUGCACCUGGAGACCCUGUUCAGAUGGACCACAAUUAUGGUAGAUUUUCAGAUUCAAUUGUUGGAGAGGAGAAUCAGGAUGAGAAAAAAGAAUCUGCACUGUCUGACACUGUGCAACAGAGAUCAGAAAUGUCAGUUAAUGCCACACAAGCGGAGUCUAAGGAAACCUUUGUCUCUAUAGGAGGGAGUGCAGAAGUUAGCAUUGGAUUUAAGUGUGCAGCUGCUGAAAGUAAACAUGAGGAAUUAAAAAAUCCAGACAGCCAACAGCUCACAGAAACAUCAUGUAGAGAAAUAUUGGACCCUGUCACUGCAACAGUUGCCGGUUUGCCUUGCAUCACAUCCAAGGCAGGGGUUAAUGAAAAGACGGACUUUGCUACCAAAAGCGAAAAGGAUGUAGAUAAGGAGUCCCUUGAAACGUCAGUGGAAACACUAUAUUCUGGUACUGUGGAGGAAAAUCCAGGCUGUGAUGGUGAAGUACGGGUAGAUGAAAGGACAGCAUGUAAAAGUCAGACGGACGUGAGCAGUGAAACUGAAACAAAGGAGACCACAGUGUCUGCUUCUGAGGAGAUAAAGCUGGAUAUCAAAUGUAGAAGUAAGCAAGGAGAAAAUAAAGUGCCGGAAGUGAUUACAGCAGCCAGUGUCUCUGCAGACCACAUGGAUUUGGAAGAUAAAGCAUUAAACAAAACAAACUCGGCACCAGAAGCGAUCCUGGUAGGAGGCAGUAAUCCAGACAGUCAGACUGAGGAACGUCUAACAACAGAGACUCAAAGAGACCUCAGUGUCAAAAUUCAAGUUACCUUCAAAGAGGAAUCAAAAUCGGAGGAUCAAGUGAGCCAUGAAGAACCAGCUACAAUUACCAACUCAUGCGAUGGUGUGAACAAACUGGUCAGAGAGUCUGAAGAAAAGCUUGAAGAAAGUGAAAGGAGAGGCGUUGAGUUCCCGGUGACUCAGGCUGCUGUUGGUCCUGGGUCUUUUGCUGAGCUACAACUGAGCCAAGAGGUGCUGGACACAACAACUGAUAGCUGUACUGAAAUACUGACAACAGAUUGUGAGUCUGUUCCAGAGCAAAAUCAAAGCGAGGUGCUCCCCGAUUGUGUCGCAAUCUCAACGGUUCCCACUGACGUGGACAUGCCGACUAAAAUAACACCAGAGGAGAGAUCUGACUCGGCACCUCAAGAGGAUCAUCAAAACCUGGGAAACCACAACGUUGAAGACCACACUCCAGGAACACAUGUUAAAGUCAAAGAAGAUGCAAUGACGAGUCAAGAAAAAGAAAUGGAGACAAACUUUGAGCGAACCCCUGCAACUCCAGAGCAGGAGAUUUCGAAUCAAGUGGCUACAGCGGAAAUACAGAGCCAUAAUAACCAAAGUGUCGGUGAACGUGCCACAGACAUUUCUACGGAAUGUAAUGACGAUCAUGUGUUCAAUUCUAAAAUAAUUGAAAAUAAAGACGGGAACUUUGAACGUAUUAGUAGUGGAACUGAGAGACAGACUACGACGGCAUCAGAGAUUUCUAAUCACAUCGCAUCUACAGUGGAAUUAGAAAGCCAGGAGAAGCAAGGAGACAGUGAACACACCACGGACAUGUCUGACAACGCACAGAAACAUCCAGUUGAUGAAGGUGGGGUCGGUGCUGGAUGUGUUGCUGCUACUGAGAGUCAAAUAGAAGAGACUACAUCAGAAGAGAUGUCUAACAUUGCUUCUACAGUAGAAAUAAAAAGUCAGGACAACUGUGUACCUGCUGAACAUCAUGAUGAUCACAUGGUUGGAAAUAUGGAAAAAGAAAAUAAGGUGAGCUUUGAAUCUGUCACCGUACCAGAAAGUCAACUCAAAAUGGAAAUGCAGACUACAUCGACAUCUGAGCUUUCAAAUCCACCUGCUUCAGAGGAAAUGGAGGAAAGCCAAAUAGAAGUGGGCAUGCAGAUUACAACGGCAUCAAAGGAGAUAUCUAACACGGCACAGACAGUAGAAACAUCAUGUCAGAAACAUCAAAAUGAAGUGGAAGGGGAGACUGCGGCAAAAUCUAAGGAGAUAUCUAACAUGGCACCAGAAACACAAGACCAGAAGAGCCAAGAAGUCAUUGAACCUGCGACGGACAUAUUGCAGAAACAUCAUGAGGAAGAAACCAAGCUGAGCUUUGAAUCUGUGACUGUAACAGAGAGUCAAAUGGAGAUGCAGACUACAUCGACAUCAGAGGUUUCUAAUCGAGAGACUUCAGUGGAAAUGGAGAAAAGACAACUCGAAGUGGACCCGCAGACUACAACCGCAUCAGAGGAGAUAACUAACACAGCACAGACAUUAGAAACAUCAUGUCAGGAACGUCAAAAUGAAGUGAAAGGGGAGACUGCGGCAAAAUCGGUGGCGAUUUCUAACAUGACACCGACAGUAGAAACACAGGACCAGAAGAGCCAAGAAGUCAUUGAACCUGCGACGGACAUAUUGACGAAACAUCAUGAGGAAGAAACCAAGUUGAGCUUUAAAUCUGUCACUGUACCAGAAAGUCAACUCAAAAUGGAAAUGCAGACUACAUCGACAUCUGAGCUUUCAAAUCCACCUGCUUCAGAGGAAAUGGAGGAAAGCCUAAUAGAAGUGGACACGCAGAUUACAACCGCAUCAAAGGAGAUAUCUAACAUGGCACAAACAGUAGAAACACAGGACCAGAAGAGCCAAGAAGUCAUUGAACCUGCGACGGACAUAUUGACGAAACAUCAUGAGGAAGAAAAGAAGCUGGGCUUUGAAUCUGUGACUGUAACAGAGAGUCAAAUGGAAAUGGAAAUGCAGACUACAUCGACAUCAGAGGUUUCAAAUCAAGAGGCUUCAGUGGAAAUGGAGAAAAGCCAAAUAGAAGUGGACACGCAGAUUACAACCGCAUCAGAGGGGAUAACUAACACGGCACAAACAGUGGAAACAUGUCCAAAUGAAGUGAAAGGGGGGACUGCGGCAAAAUCUGAGGAGAUAUCUAACAUGGCACCAGAAACACAAGACCAGAAGAGCCAAGAAGUCAUUGAACCUGCGACAGACAUAUUGACAAAACAUCAUGAGGAAGAAACCAAGCUGAGCUUUGAAUCUGUGACUGUAACAGAGAGUCAAAUGGAAAUGCAGACUACAUCGACAUCAGAGGUUUCUAAUCGAGAGACUUCAGUGGAAAUGGAGAAGAGCCAAAUAGAAGUGGACACGCAGAUUACAACCGCAUCAGAGGAGAUAACUAACACAGCACAGACAUUAGAAACAUCAUGUCAGGAACGUCAAAAUGAAGUGAAAGGGGAGACUGCGGCAAAAUCUGUGGCGAUUUCUAACAUGGCACCGACAGUAGAAACACAGGACCAGAAGAGCCAAGAAGUCAUUGAACCUGCGACGGACAUAUUGACGAAACAUCAUGAGGAAGAAAAGAAGCUGAGCUUUAAAUCUGUCACAGUACCAGAAAGUCAACUCAAAAUGGAAAUGCAGACUACAUCGACAUCUGAGCUUUCAAAUCCACCUGCUUCAGAGGAAAUGGAGGAAAGCCUAAUAGAAGUGGACACGCAGAUUAAAACCGCAUCAAAGGAGAUAUCUAACAUGGCACAAACAGUAGAAACACAGGACCAGAAGAGCCAAGAAGUCAUUGAACCUGCGACGGACAUAUUGACGAAACAUCAUAAGGAAGAAAAGAAGCUGAGCUUUGAAUCUGUGACUGUAACAGAGAGUCAAAUGGAAAUGGAAAUGCAGAUUACAUCGACAUCAGAGGUUUCAAAUCAAGAGGCUUCAGUGGAAAUGGAGAAAAGCCAAAUAGAAGUGGACACGCAGAUUACAACCGCAUCAGAGGGGAUAACUAACAAGGCACAGACAGUGGAAACAUGUCCAAAUGAAGUGAAAGGGGGGACUGCGGCAAAAUCUGAGGAGAUAUCUAACAUGGCACCAGAAACACAAGACCAGAAGAGCCAAGAAGUCAUUGAACCUGCGACAGACAUAUUGCCGAAACAUCAUGAGGAAGAAACCAAGCUGAGCUUUGAAUCUGUGACUGUAACAGAGAGUCAAAUGGAAAUGCAGACUACAUCGACAUCUGAGGUUUCUAAUCGAGAGACUUCAGUGGAAAUGGAGAAGAGCCAAAUAGAAGUGGACCCGCAGACUACAACCGCAUCAGAGGAGAUAACUAACACAGCACAGACAUUAGAAACAUCAUGUCAGGAACGUCAAAAUGAAGUGAAAGGGGAGACUGCGGCAAAAUCAGUGGAGAUUUCUAACAUGACACCGACAGAAACACAACACCAGAAGAGCCAAGAUGUCAUUGAACCUGCGACGGACAUAUUGCCGAAACAUCAUGAGGAAGAAACCAAGCUGAGCUUUGAAUCUGUGACUGUAACAGAGAGUCAAAUGGAAAUGCAGACUACAUCGACAUCAGAGGUUUCAAAUCCACCUGCUUCAGAGGAAAUGGAGGAAAGCCUAAUAGAAGUGGACACGCAGAUUACAACCGCAUCAAAGGAGAUAUCUAACAUGGCACAGACAGUAGAAACACAGGACCAGAAGAGCCAAGAAGUCAUUGAACCUGCGACGGACAUAUUGAUGAAACAUCAUGAGGAAGAAACCAAGCUGAGCUUUGAAUCUGUGACCGUACCGGAGAGUCAAAUGGAAAUGCAGACUACAUCAACAUCAGAGGUUUCAAAUCAAGAGGCUUCAGUGGAAAUGGAGAAAAGCCAAAUAGAAGUGGACACGCAGACUACGACCGCAUCAGAGGAGAUAAUUAACACGGCACAGACAGUAGAAAUACUAAGUCAGAGAAGUCCAAAUGAAGUGAAUGUGGCGACAUCAGGGGAUAUUUCUAACAUGGCGCCAAUGGCACAAAUACAGGAUCAGGGCAGCCAAGAAGUCAUCAAACCUGCAACAGACAAAUCUAAGAAGGCUAAAGAAGGUCUAAUGAUUCAGACUUCAGACAGAAAUGGAAAUGAAAACAAGGUUAUCACAGAAUAUGUCAGUGCACCGGAGAAUCAAAGGGAAGUGGAUUUGCCGACAACAGCAACACCAGAGGAGACUUCUCACCAGACAACUACAGUAGAAACACAAAACCAGAGAAGUCUGAAGGUCAAUAAAAUCACGCCAGAUGCUGAAGUACUUGAAGAAAUUAUUGAUGCCAGUGCUGAGAGUAAAGAAAUCCCGGAAAAGGUUAUUGCAGAACAUUUGGAUGCCACUGAGAAUCAAACGGAAAUGGAAACAACAGCAACACCAGAGGAGAUUUCUAAUCCACCACCUACAGUGGAAAUACAAAACCCUAGAAGCCAGGAGGUCAGUGAACUCAACACAGAAGUUCAAAAAGAUCUAGUGAGCAUAAAUUGUGAGCGUAAGGAAAAUGAAGACAAGAUUAAUGCCGAAUGUGUUGAUGAUGCUCCAGAGGUUCAAAUAAGUAUGGAAACUUCUCCAGCGCCAGAGGAGGUUUCUAAUGCAGCAGAACAGCAAUACCCAGGUAUGGAGGAAGUCCAUAAACGCCCCGUGGUCUUAUCAAAUCAAACUCCCACGCCUCUUCCUAUGGCUGAAAGUCAGGAUAAUGUAAACAUACAGACAGAGCAGAGUGCUGAUGAUAUCCAAGUGGAUAUGGAUGUAAUAAGUGGAUCAAUAGGAGGGGUAGAUUCUGCUUUAGAAGAGGAAACAGGGGGGCAUGUGAUUAAUCAUGUUAAAGAAGAGGCUGCAAUCAUUUCCUCUGAUAAGGCUGACCGUGACGUCGCAGUCAGUAGUAUUGAAGGACACGCAGAAGAAACUGGAAGCAAUGAAGUAAUAGCUUUUGUUUGUGGCCAACCAGAUGCCGUUGAUAUUGUAAUUCAGGCGUCGGAAGAGCAUAUUAAAACUCUCAAUCAGUCAGAGGUUGAGAUUCAUGAAAACCAGAUGGUGUAUGAGCCCAUUAGUAGUCCAGAAAGUAACGAUGAUCGAGAGAUUUCUACAGCAUCUGAGAACCACAAUGGUGUGUCUUUACUGGACAUACAGAGCACUCAGCAGAUGGAGGGAGAUUUGCCUACUAAUGAAGGUAACGGUUGUGACGAACAACUGGAAAAUGAGGAAAGCGUUGCGCAACAGGUUUGUGUCUCAGAUGGCCAGGAAGUUGAAAUGGAAGUACAAACCGUCAGAGUGCCAGAGAGUUGUGUCCCUGCACAGUUGGAGCGGAGUAACAUGAAUAAGGAUGUGAAACAAGUCGCCGUGAUCAGCUCUAGCGAUGACAUCAGCAGGCCAGAUAGCCAGUCAGGAGAUGCCCCAGAGACUAGUGAAAGCAAUGGGUCGCCAGACUAUGUCAGUGCUACAGAGUUUCCUGAACACGGUGACUCUGGACUGCAGGAGGUUUCAGACGUCACGGUGACGACGACUACAGCCGCCGCCACCACCAAAGUUGAAAUGCCAGAUAGUACAUCUGAGGAGUUUUUGAUCUUGGAACCGAUCCCAGAGGGUGAAAUUCACAUCGAUAUUGUCACUCAAGCAGCGGCCGAAUCGGGUUUGUCUGACUCUCUUUCAGAGCAGGUGGAUCCAGACAGUGCUUUGGAAGGUGACAUGGCAAAUGAAAUGAUUUUAAAUGCUUCCCAACAAACUGUCUUCCCUACACAGCAAUGUCAAACGACUGAUGAGUUCAAAGUGACGAAUACAAGUGAGGUUUUAUAUCAGGGGAGCAGGCUUGAGACCGAGAUUUCAACCGAAGAAGGUGUUGAAGUUCUUCAAAAUUCGGACCAAAGCCAGCAACCGUCAUCCGCCAUGAUGGACAGUAAUACCUCAGAGAUUGAGAUGGCAAACUCUCACUCUCAAGUCACGAAUGAAAGCUGCGAUGCGCUGGAGACGGAGAACGCUGAGGCUAAUUUGGACCUAAAAGAAGUGCAGAUUCUGGAGGAUAUAGAGAUCGGCCGUGAGAUCGUUGUAGCCGAGGAAGAGAGUGAUGACGAUAGUGACAUUACAAUAAUAGCAAAACCCCAGGAAACACCCGAGGCACUCCCUCCUAAAGAGUCUGAGAAAAUGGUUAAUGAGAAAACUAAAGAUGACACUUGUGGGACCAGUUUUAAGCAAAACACAACAGCUGAAAAGACUGAAGACGAUAAAAAGAAACAGGGGGCAGAAAAACCGAAGAAACAAGAAAUGAACACACAGGCCAGAACCAAAGCCCGUCUGGCAGCUCUGGCCGAGCAAAAAGCUGCUGCCUCGAAGAGAACAGCAAACAGACAGCAGCUGAACCUCUUAGCUUUGUGUCAGGAGAUUGCAGAGGACAUUGCUACAGACAGCAUGCUGUUGAAGAGGAUAGAAGAAGAGAAACAAGCAGCAGUGGCGGCAGCAGCAGCCACAGCCAAGAACGAAGCCAGUAAGAAGGAAAGUCCUCCUGUCAACACACAGGAGGCAGACAGUGUUAUAGUUGUGACUCCUGCUGGAACAGAAGGGAGCUCUGCUUCGGUGACACCUGCUUCGGAGGCAUCUACAGCCCAGCCCUCGACGGACGAUUCGGCUAAGGCCAAGCCUCCUGCCGAGCCUGCUGCAGAGCCUCCAAAGAGGCGUUUCUUCGUCACGCAGAUUUGUGUGCCACUGAAAGCCCACGAGAAAAAAAAGCUAACCAGAUAUCAAAGACUGCGACAGGUUGAACUGCAGAGAGAGAAAAUGUCUUGGGCACGUGUAAAGAAACUUAAAUCCGACCAAGCAAAUCAGAUGUUUUCAGACAUGGAUUGGCAAGUACCCCUAUCUGCCUCCUCUCCAUUCUCAGUGCGUCAUGUGACCACGACUACUCCGCCUGCAGCAAGUCAACCAAUAACACCUCUCCCAAGUCCUGCUUCAACCAGCAAGCCUGCAACACCCACAGCAGAAGUCCCGGAGGUUGAACCUCCUAAGAUUGAACCUAGUAAGACUGAGCCCACUAAAACAGAAACCUCCAAAAGUGAACCCACUAAAUCUGAACCUGACAAAGCUGAAGCCUCCAAAACUGGGACUCCUAAUGCUGGAACGCGUAAAUCCACAAGGCAAACUAAGGCUCAAACUCUGAAAGAGACCCCUGCUCCGGCGCCCGCCCCAAAAGUGACCAGAUCAGCAGCCAAAAGGGCGCUCCCGGCGGUGCCCCCGCCCAUGCCCAACGGACUUAAUGCGGCGAAACAGCAGCCAGUUGAAUACAAGCCAUACAGACCCAGACCCAAGUAUUCCUUUGAUGACUUUGAAUUGGAUGAUGACCCAUUACCAGCAGCUGCAACAAGGCCCGGCCUUCAAUCGAGGCCCACGCAGCCGAUGCGACCGAACGCCCAGUUAAACCCCGCAGCUCAAUCUAGACCUGCAGUUCAGUCAAAACCCACAGUUUCAUCACAUCUUGCCAACCAGGCAAAACUCAAAGCUCAGCCCACACCUGCCAGACAGAUAUCAGGUCAGUCAAAGCCCACCGUAGCAGCGUCGGCCCAGUCAAGGCCUGCCGGUUCCACCACUCCACAGUUAACGCCUGCCCUUGCAACGACACCCCAGUCAAGGGCCUCCGCCACUGCCUCCGCAGCUUCUUCAACACACGGACCUUCAGUUAAAGCUCCAUUGAAGUCUUCUGUUUUGACGACGUCCCAGUCGAGAGCUGGGUCUGCUCCGGGUCAGUCCAAGCCUGCUGCGUCUGCUUCACCUCAGUCAAAGCCUGCUGGAAGUACAGCUCAGCUCAAGCAAACAGCAUCUCAGGCUGCUGGUUCAACCAAAUCUGAGCCCUCUGCUUCCACGGCCGAUGUUGGUUCAAUGCCCCAGAAAACCCCAAAUGCACCACCAACAUCAGAAGAUGGCAAAUGCAAGGAUACAGCUGAUCCCGCCUCUGCCGUUUCUUCUGAAAACAGCUCAAAAGUGUCAGAUGACACACUGAAGAGUGAAGAAAAGCCUGCAGUCACUGGUGUUGAUCCUUCUGUGGAGAAUAAGACGGAAACAGUCGAUUCAGCCGAGAAGACAUCGAAAGAACCUCAAGACAGAGCAGCGGAGCCGCAGGAUGGCAGGACUCCUCUCUCGGAUGCUUGUCUGCAAAAAGAAGUCAAGAAACUAAAGGAGGCCGACAAAGAUGGCACCCAAACCAUUAUUGAUGCAGGACAGAAGCAUUUUGGAGCCGUGGCCUGCAGCGUGUGUGGGAUGCUCUACUCUGCUGCCAACCCUGAAGAUGAAUCUCAACAUUUACUCUUCCACAACCAGUUCAUCAGCGCUGUCAAAUAUGUGGGAUGGAAAAAGGAGAGGAUACUGGCGGAGUAUCCUGAUGGCAAGAUGAUUCUCGUCCUGCCAGAGGAUCCCAAAUAUGCUCUGAAGAAGGUCGAGGAGAUCAGGGAGAUGGUUGACAACGACCUCGGCUUCCAGCAGGUGGAGACCAAGUGUCCCUCUCAAACCAAGACCUUCCUCUUCAUCUCCAAUGACAAGAAAGUGGGUGGAUGCCUUAUAGCGGAGCACAUACAAGAGGGCUACAGGGUGAUCGAGGAGCCAGGACCCGAGGGUUCAGAGGGAGAAAAGGUGAUGUUUGAACGUCAGAGAGCGUGGUGCUGCUCCACAACAGCGGAGCCGGCCAUCUGUGGCAUCAGCCGCAUCUGGGUGGUCAACAUGAUGAGACGCCAGGGCAUCGCCUCGCGCAUGCUCGAGUGCCUCAGGAACAACUUCAUAUACGGCUCGUACCUGAGCAAAGACGAGAUCGCUUUCUCCGACCCCACGCCUGAUGGAAAACUCUUUGCCACACAUUAUUUUGGCACCUCUCAGUUUUUGGUUUAUAACUUUGUGAGUGGAACGCACUCGUCCCAGCCCAACACUGAUGCAGUAUGACAGUCUCCAGGAAAGGUAACAAUGGAUUUAACUGAGACGCCCACUGACCAACGGGAGGCACCAUCUCUGCACGCCGUCUGAGGCAGAAUCUGUAUUUGCGUAACAAGUUUUUUUUUCCUGUAAAUUACUCCUUUGAGCGGACACACAUUGGUUUAAAUCUCAGGAUGAAAACAACAAGGUGUUGUUGAACAUUUUUAUUAAUUCACCCUUUAAUCCCUCCCCGAAUAGUAUUUUGAACAAAAGAGUAUUUUCUUUAUACAUUUUUAAGCAAACAAUUGGUUUUAUUAGAAGUAUAGCGUUUACAUGCAUGAUCUGACAGCAAUAGAAAACAAAGAGCAUUUCAUUGGGUUUUUGGUUUAAUCCCCGAGAAGCAUAAGGUUACAUUAAAUAAAACGGUUAUUUUAGAGGGUUUUUUUUUCUUCAUUUAGUUUUAAUAUUUUUUACUUACAUGAUGUAAACUAUUUGUUUAUAGAGGGUUUUUUUCCCAUCUUGUUAUAGUUAAAAGCAAUAAUGCUUUACCGUCACAACUAUGCCCCCCCCACCCCCCCUCAAGGAUUUCAUGUUUAUUGUAACAUUUCAAACUGAUCAUCCAAACCAGGUGAUUUUCAACAAUCUGGUUGAAGAGAUUUGAGUUAGAGAUGUAGCUUGGGCAUUAAUUGUGUGCUCUAAUUUUCUUAGAUCACCUCGCCUGCAUCCUUGUGUUUUCCAGCUGAGCCAUAAACUAUACACCGUUUAGCAGGGCAUUGUAGCCUUUACUGAGUGAGUCUUAUAAUUUCACCGAGGCUGUCUAUUGCUUUGUUUGUGCCUGAAUGAUUAAUGUGGGACUUAAGAUGUUCAUUGGUUUUCUUAGCCAUUUUUAUUGAGUUAGUGUAGAGCAUCAUCCUCCUAUUCCUUAGUAACAACAAAUGUAUCAAAUUAUCAUGUAGAGUUAUGCAUACUAUGACGACAUUUAUAAUGGGCGAGCACGGUCUUGAGGCUCGGGUGUUAAAUGGAAAUUGAGCGACCGUAAAUGUCAUCCAGGUUCAACCUUUAUGAUCGCAAACAGGAAUAUUUGCUCAGUGAUCAACACGAGGGGGGGGGGGGGCAUAAACCUCUGAACCCCUCUCAACACAGAUUUACAGAAUCAUUUUAAUCCAUCCCUUUUCUUUUCUUCCUUGUUAAAGCGGUUGCUUUUAGAAAGACGUGUCGUGUAAGAAAAAUAAAUUUGAUUUAUACGAA